GAAAGAAAAAAAAUUGUUUGUCCCCGUUCCAUUCUUCCACCUACCCACCGUUUGUCCUGCUUCCCCUGCAGCUGCCGCCUCUGUAGAUCACGCACCUUUCCUGCCGCAAUGCGACCCUUUUCGCCUCUCCCCAAGAGCAGAGUGACAGUGUGAGAGUGUGUGUGAGAGCAGAGCCUUCUUCUUCCAUCGGAGACUCUCUCGGGGGGCUGGCAGUUCUUGCUAAGAGGACAAUGUGCAGGCAGGUGACCUGGUUCUGAGAAGAAUUGGGGGACGAAACACGGGUAAUGCCGAAUAUGUUCGGGUUCUCGCGGAGCCGGAUGAAGAUCGGAAGAUCGAAAGGCCACUCGACAGAUCCUUUGGACAGCUCUAAGAGUCCUUCGGGCCUUGUGAAGCACCUCAGCUUGCCUAAUGGGGACGACCAAAUUACAACAUCAGUGAGUGGCCGUGCAGAUGAUCUCGCCUUCCGUUGCUCAUCUGAUACAUAUGAUCUUGAUGACCGUGCUUUGGUUAGCUCACGGAACUGGGCUGUCCUUUCUACAGAGGGCAGCAGACCAUCACCACGUUUCGCUCAUGCGGCAGCCAUUUUAGGGAGCAAGAUGGUAGUGUUUGGUGGUGAUGCUGGUCAUCAGUUGUUGGAUGAUACAAAGAUACUUAAUUUAGAGAAGCUUACAUGGGACUCUGUAACUCCUAAGGUUCGUCCAUCGCCAAACAGACCUUCGAUGAAGUUGCCAGCCUGCAAAGGUCACUGUCUGGUUCCAUGGGGGAAUAGUGUCAUUCUUGUUGGAGGUAAAACCGAACCUACAUCUGAUCGUUUAGCAGUCUGGAAUUUCAAUAUGGAAACCGAGGUUUGGUCACUUAUGGAAGCCAAGGGUGACAUCCCUGCAGCUCGAAGUGGCCAUACAGUAACCAGAGCAGGUGCCACACUGAUACUUUUUGGUGGUGAGGACACAAAAGGAAAGAAACGACAUGACCUUCACAUGUUUGACCUGAAGUCAUCAACAUGGCUUCCUUUGAACUAUAAAGGCUCUGGACCUUCUCCAAGAUCCAAUCAUGUAGCUGCACUAUAUGAGGAUAGGAUCCUUCUUAUUUUUGGAGGCCACUCAAAAUCGAAGACCCUAAAUGACUUGUUUUCUUUAGAUUUUGAGACGAUGGUAUGGUCAAGAGUGAAAAUCCAUGGUCCUCAUCCAACACCUCGAGCUGGUUGCAGUGGAGUUCUAUGUGGAACUAAGUUGUACAUAGCUGGCGGUGGAAGCAAGAAAAAACGGCAUGCAGAAACCUGGGUUUUGGAUGUCGUAGAAUAUAAGUGGUCGGUCUGUGUAGUACCCUCUAGCUCCUCGAUUACUACAAAGAAAGGUUUCAGCAUGGUUCCUUUGUACCACAGGGACAAAAUUGUGCUCGUUGCUUUUGGAGGAAACAAAAAGGAGCCAUCCGACAAGGUUGAAAUAUUGGUGGUACUACAAAAUGAGCAUUCUUUUAGCAGGCGGUCUGCCCCAGAUGUAGACCCUUUGCUAUAUGAAUAUUCUCCAAGCACAAAGGAGCUUGCCAGCCAUCUCAACAAUUGUGCACCUUUGUAUUCCAAUAGUUCUGUUGCAAGGCACAGUCUUGCUUCUACGGUAGAACACCCACCUAGAAGGGAAUCACUCUCUGAGUCAUUGUUACAGAAUACAAAUUUGGGCACAUCACUCCACAGGCAAUUCCAGCAAUCAGAAGCCUGCAGCUUAGCUCAAAAACUGCAGAAACCGAUAGAUGAUGACAGAUAUGAUGACACUGAUGAUGGUUCUUCAUGUCAAGCAAGCACUCCAAAAGAGUACCGGAGCAAGAGAACAGGAGCUGAUAUUCAGAUUGACAUGGCCAGAAUUUUAUCCAGCAAGGAAGAACAUUUGGAGACUGCAGGAUCAAAUGCAAGAAGGGUAGCAAGGUGCUCUUCAGACAUCAGUCAUCUAUACAAUGCAAAAAUAACAGACUUGAUCAAAAGAAGUUCUGCACUUGAAGAUCAGCUUGCAACUGCAUUGGCAAGCAAGGACCAGGCAGAGAAGAAUUUGUCGCUGGUCAUCAACAGCAGGGAACAACUGGAAAGGAGACUUGCCAAUAAGGACAAGGAAGCUGAGGUGCUGAAGGAGAAGAUAGCAGGCUUAGAGUUGGCACAAGAAGAGUCGAACAACCUCUCGAACACGGUUCAUGCUGAUAAUGUGCGUCUCGAACGUGAAGUGGCAUUCUUGAAGGCCAUUACAGAUGAAACUCAAAAGGAACUCCAUUCCACUCGCCGAGUUUUAGCAGGAGAACAAUCAAGGGCAUUCCAGCUCCAGGUUGAAGUGUUCCAUCUCAAGCAACGGCUGCAGAUGGUGGAAGGAAGAGCAGGAACUCCAAAGAAUCCUCUUUGAGCAAAUUAGUGUGUUUAGUUCAUGAUUAUUUGUUUACAUCUCUGGACUAUAGUGUGUUUGUAACAUCGCCUUGUACAUCAAUUGUUACAGGAGUGAAGUGUAUAUCUAGCAACAGGGUUUAGUUAACCAUUCUGUUAUAUGAACUGAUGCAGAGUUGUAAUUUAUCUGAGAUUUUUGUGUGCAGUUAUGGAUUUGACACAGUUGCUCAUGAUCUGUUUAUAUUGAUUUGAGCUAAUUUUUACUUGGUUUCUCAGAUGUGU